GCUGACAUGUCUCCCUGUGAGAGAGAUGGCGAAAAUAGAAGAUUAUGACAGCAAAUUUUGCAGAAGUUACUGUCGCAUUUCGGAAGAUUUCGCUUUUACUCGUUUCCUGUAGCUUAUAGAAAGGAGCUAGCUCAGCAUAAUUACGAAGCACGACAUGUGAUACCAUACCGUAUACGACAACUGUUGCUGCCUAUUUAUUCCUGCAUGAAACUGUACUUGACGCGGUCAGGACUUCCUGAUACAUAUCAAAACAGCAGCACCGGUGAUGAACAAGAGGUAUUUGGCUAAUGCAGCUCUGUAAGCUAGUGCCAUUUGGUUUGGUGCAUAAGGCAGCAUAGUCAUGCUCCCUUAGGCAUGCAGAAGGCAUGAAUCCAGACAGGCAAGUCUACUUGAAUGCUGCAAUGGCUGGGGGCGACCACGGCUUGGGCUACACAACUGUGCCCAUGGGCUGGAAUCGUACUAUUUGGGGUGAUGGUUCUGUUGUGUACGUCAGCCCAAGCGGUCACCUUUUGCACUGUGCCGAAGACCUGCAGCGCUACCUACUAGCCGAGGGCACCUGUAAGUGUGGGCUGGAGUGCCCCCUCAUCAUUGACAGGGUCUUCAACUUCAACCCCCGGGUGCCGGCGCGGCCCAAGCUCCCAGCUGAUGUCCUGGCGGAAUGCCAGCUGAAUUCGCUCUGCAAGCACCGGCGCAAGCUGGUGGCCAUGGCCAUGGGGUUGCAAGGGAACGAGGAGGCUCUGGCAAACGUUGGCCCUCCUGGUGGGGGCUCAGUGUUUGGCCGAAGCAAAGGUUCCAAGAGGUCAAGAUCAAAGUCCAAACCAGAGAGUGGUGUUGACUUCCAGCCUCAGAACAUGCCGGCAUCACAGGUCUUAGCCCUGCAAGGUGGCCACAUGCAUCACAUUCCUGGCAUUGCCAACUUUGUGUCACCGUUAAAGUCUUUACCCUUUGAGCACCAGCUGCAGCAUCAUGCCAUGGACUCACAACAGCGCCAAAUCCAAAUGCAUUUCCUGCAAAUGCAGCGCCCGGAACUCCUGCAGCAGUGCCAGCAGGUGCAGCACCGGCUGCACCCUCAACAGCGACCAGCCCCUUUGCGGAGAGGGAGCCAGGAGGUUGAGUCGUCAUGGCGUUCAUCUGCUGAGCAGCAUGCUCCAGAACAAAGAGCAGGGAAACAGCUUCAUUCCAGUCCACCUUUGCCAUGCCCAAACAGGCCUUCCUCCAAUAAUGCUACUGCAGGGCCACAAAGCACUCCCACCGCUGCAAAUCCCCUCGUCACUGCUCCAACAUGCAGUAAAAGUCCAAGGUUAAGCAAUGAACUCCUGUCGCCAAGCCCAAAAGAGAAACAAUCUGCUCAUGGCCACAGUGCACUGCCGUUCCCUUUUCAGAGGGAGGCACACCAGCUUCUUGUAGAUGGGCAAACUCAUGGCAUCCACUCUGAUGCAUGUGCUCCUACAGUAAUUCCACUGCUCAGUAAUAUUUACCAUGCUCCAAACAGGGCUUCCUUAAUAGCUGCCAAUAUCAAUAACAGUCCAGCAUUAUUUGCAAACCACAAUGAUGAAGUCUUUUUUAUGCAAGAUGGAGCUAAGAAGGGUCCACCCCAACCUGUUCAGGAUUCAGUGGAAGUCUCUACUUGUCAACCAGUGGACAAAAAUAAACUGGGGAGAAAAUCUCCUGUUGCUAGUCUGAACGUUAGCUCCCCAUCGCCAACAGCCAGCAAACCUAUCACUAUGCAUUCUUCAAAAGUGGAUAAGCAACUUACAGCCAGCAGUUUGACAUUACAAGAAAUAUUCAAGCAGUCACUUGAAGGAAGUGCCUUCCCUGCAAGUAGUCUGCUGUCAGCAGCUGCCAGAGCUCAGCUUGCAAAGCAGCCUCAGUUUCCGGAUGGUCCCUCAACCCAUCAUGCCGGCGACCUGAUGUCUGGCAUGGGUCUGUUUACUAAAAUGUCAUCAAAUGUGACAGGCAAAGACCCAAAGCUUGAUUCAGGGUCUUUGCCCAGUGGUGACAGUGUACAGUCUUGUGAGAACAGAAAACUUGUCGCAAAGUCAGGAAAUGUGGACACUGUUCAGUCCUCUGAGGUGUUUGUCAAACGCUCCUCUUCAAACCCUCAACAAACAGAUGAGUCCCCAAUUCAGUGCCUAGAGAAUGCCGUACAAAACUUGCAAGACCAGCCUGGUACGUUAAGGCCAACUACAUGUAUAUCAGUCAUUGCAGUUUCUACUCCAGAUGUUCCCCAAGUUAGCUCUGCGGAAAGGAAAAGGCCAAGUACUGGAGGCGUUGAGGAAAUAGUGGAACCAAGCGUUAAACGACAAAGAUUACAAAGUACUGAAACUUCGCAUGAACGUGCCUCUGUGGAAGCAGAGACAAAACAGUCAGAAGCUGCAAUGUCAACUCACCAAGUGCCUGCAAUAAACUCGGAAAAAGCCUUACCAAUGCACCACCACGAUACAACCAAGGUAACUGGCUCCUACAAUGUUGUCUGUUCCACUGGAAAAGCUGCAAGCUCUGGCAAACAUCCAACUGUGGAAAAUGCAGAAUUGGUAAGGUGGCAGCAGCAGCAACAAGAGUGGUACGCCACCAUGCUCAGAGCGAAACAGCAACAGGAUGCUGGAACUAUGCCUGUUGAACAUUUUCCUCACAUGGGACCUCAGAUUCGAUCAAGAGGCCUCCAGGAGCUCCAGUAUAUUGCCAUGGGUGGCAAUCCUACACCCAGGAUGCCAGCUAUACAGCAACAACCCAACAUGGGUCAUAUGCAUAGAUUCCCUAAUCAAUUCAUGAAUCCACAAUUCUACCCCCAUCAGGCUAACUUGAUGCAUCACGUACACAGAAUGGGAAUGCCCAGCAGAAUGGAAUAUCCCGUAGACUUGUUAGAUCCCAGAAUUGCUCAGAAUUCAAAUAUGUGUAAUACUAACAUCCUACAGUCGAUGCUUCAACAGCAGCAGCAACUUCAGCACUUGGGCAUGCUUCAGCCUGAUAACUUACACCACCCCAUGCAUGUCAUAAAUCCUAUGCAUCAUGUGGACCCCUCUCACCAUAUGUCUCCAGCAGAUAUGUCAAAUCUGCAGCAGGCUCAUGGACAAGGCACCCCUAAAUCAUCAACACCUGCACAGCGCAAGAAAAGUACCAAAUCUGUCAGGAGUGCAAGCGCCUCUUCAAGCACCACAUCCACAGUGGACCUACAUGUAGAGGAUCAAGAAACCAAGGAUGCAGCUUAUUGGGUCAAGGCUGCAUCCAAAGUAGGGGGAGUUAAGAAGGUCAAGGACAUUCUCGCCAUGACAAGGUCUUUGAAGAAGCACAACAGUGAAGCAGGACAGGUUGAGGCAAUCUUCCAGGCUGUUUUGGACUCUGCUAGUGGCGGAGUGAAAGUAAUCAUCAGAGAGGGGACACGAUCUCAGGAGGGAUUGCCCUCAGAGAAUGCUGACUCUGACAGAGGGAAAGAAUCCAAUAACUCUCCAAAAGCUUCUACUGAAACUAUGGAAACAACGGAGACCAUGUGUGAAGUAUCUGAACAGACUUCUAGUUCCUGUAAUCAAGAGCAACAAAAUACAGAUGAGCUUUCUGGCAACAUUCAUUUGGGUAAGGACUCACCAUCACAUGAUGCACUAAAUGUUGUUGCCCAAGAGACACCUGACAAAGAGUCCUCUAUGGCACCAACGUCAAAUAGCCCAGAUAUGCCUCCAUCACAAGUGGAACCUGGCGAGGUGCAUUUCACAAGGAAGCUUCCCCAGUCCACUUUAACUCAGACUGAACUAAACCCAGAAAUCAUCGAUUCACAGACUAAAGACUGUGAGCUGGUGGCUGUGGGUGGGGAUGAAGUUCUGUCUUCUGUACAAUCUGACAAGGAUCACUCAGAGAGUCCAGUCCAUGAAGCAACAGCAUUGGAGGCAGAAGGAUUCUCUGAAGCCCACCACAAAGCAGACACGCCGGUGAAUACUUCUGAUAUGUUGCACAUAGAAGUACCUCAUGAUAAAAACCACGUUGAGCUAACUCAGAGAGAAGUUCCUCCACUUCAAGACGAAAAAUUUCCUGCCUCUGAACAAGCCCUGUGUACAUUGCCAGACCAAUCAGUAAAAUUACACGUAGCUGACAGCCCAAAGCCAGCAAGUGAUCCAGGCACUGACAUUUCUAGCAGUGGGCAUGAAGUGGAGAGUGGUCGAGUUGAAGACUCUGAAGCUGAUGAUAAGCGCCAAGAGGAGCCAUCCCACUUAGAUGAAUCAGGUGAUGACUCAAGUGGGGAACACUCUGACGAGCAUAGUGGUGUUAAUGCUGGCAACAGUGAUGAUGGCAUUGAAGCCGAAGAGCACUUGAUUCUGUCUUGUGAAGAAAAAACACCCAUGGAUCAGUUUUCAGAGCAUGCUGAAGCAGCUGCAGUCAUAUCACACGAAAACAGCUGUGUGAUACCGGUAGAUGAAACAGUGCCAAAUACAAAUAAUUUUGAAGAUCUUUCAAGUGAUGCUUGUGAAAAAAGGGACACAGAAGAUGCAUUAGACAGUAUUACUGAGCGGCAGGGAAGUCUGUCUGACCAGCUGGGCACUACCCAACUUGAUGCUGCAGAUGAUGAUUCUCCUCAGAAGGACCCCAGGGAAACCUACAUUGAUCAGGUAGAAGUAAGUGCAACAAUUGAUCAAAGGUGCUCCUUUGAGAUGGUGGACACAGAGUGUACAACAUCACUCCCAGAUGGAGGAUCCAAGGUAAGCUUAAGCAGUGACCUUGAAAGAGGUCAUCUUUGUGAUGCCUCAGGAGAACUCACAGAUAGGAUGGCCCCUGUUAGUGACAUGGAUCUCUUGCAUGAAGGAAAAGACCCAAAGGCUCCAAGCAGGUCAUGCUCCCCAAAUCCUUUGGUUGACGUGGCGGACAGAUCAGUCCAACAUCAGAGUGUGGAGGAUGUUAGUGUUCAGCCCUCAGAAACAAUUACUGCAUUCCAUCACAGCAAUGACAGCAGCAAUGAUAAUACAGUACUGGGCUCAGAGGAUGUUGAUUGUUCUGCUAUGAUAAUGGAGUCUGAAGAACUGAAUUCAUCGCUAGACAGAGGAGAGACACUUGUGAAACAGGACACAGCCAAAGAGCAGGAACAGAUGGAAACAAGUUUGCCCCAAGGACAACUUCAUGAAUGGAUGGAUAGUGAGCCAGCUGAACAGUGUAAACCAACAGACAGCGACAGAAUAAAAUGUGAUGAAGAAGUUGAUAAUCAGCCAUUGGAACCCACAGUGGAGAGACAUGUGAAACACAGUAGAAGUAGUGAACCUGAACAAAUGGAAAUAGAUACACCUGUCACUGACAUAAUUCAGCAUGUACAGCCAUUGGAUUAUGAAUCAGCAGAAGAAGACCUACGUGUACUUACAGACAGUGAAAUAUUGAAACAUGAUGAAGUAAUGGAUAACGACUCAUUGGAAGAUAAAGUGGCUAGUGACCAGAUAAAACAUGAUGCACCAGCUGAUGAUGUAACAAUAACACAGGAGGGCAUUGAGGACACUCAACCUGUUGAUCUGGAUCCUUUCAUAGGCACUGAAUUACCUGAACAAAAGCAAUCAGUUGACAGUAUACCAGCGUGUCAAAGUUCGGUUAUUGAUCAACAUGAUUCAACGCAAGAGCUUGAAGCAGUUGAACAAGUGCAGUCAUUGGACACUGAACCAAUGAAGCAAACUUCAAAUGAGGAAGACCAACUAGUGAAACAGAAUCCUGUGUCAUUACCAGAUGAGUUACUGCUUCAUGAUGAGUCAGUGGACACAGCGGUUGUGAAUCAAGAACUUGAGAAUCAACCAGCUGCAUGCCAUCCAUCGGUAGACAGUGGACCAGUGCAACAGGAAAAGCCAGCAAAUCAAGGUAGCAUGAUAGAUGAUCGACCAGUUGACCAUGACAGUCAACCAAUGGAUUUUGAACCUGUAAAACAAGAUAGCACUGUGGUUGAUGAAGAAGAACUGGAUGUGUCUGUCACUGAAUCAGUGGAAGUGAAAGAACUAGGUACCCUCCAAACAGUACAACAAGAGCAUGUAGGGGACACUGAACUGAAGGAACAGGUUCAUUCAGUACAGAUUGAAAUAGCAACACAAAAUCAGUUGACUGAAGAAGAUGAAGAUGCUGGUACAGGGUCUGUUGAUCAGCGUCAAGUGGAUGGCAUUGAAGCAACAAAAUCGGAGCAUUCAGAAAACACUGACAUGGACGGUAACUUAGAAGACAGUUCCCCACGGGAACAGUGCCAUGUACACGACAAUGAACUACUGACACAGCGCCUCACUGACACUGUUGAAUCAUCAUGUGAAGGUGACUUGGCAAUAGGCGAAGAAUUGGAUAGUCAUAGUGCACAAGCUGGCUCAACUGUAAAACCAGAUCAUGCUUUUAACAAAGAAUCGGAUCUGCAAGAGCAGUCGACUUGCUCAAGUUGUGAUGCAACAGAUGACGCUCACAUGACGAGCACUGAACCAGUGGAACAACAUUGCGCGGAUUACGGAAGAGCAGACACACCAGGUUGCACCGAACAUAUUGAACUGGUGAAAAAGGCCAGAUUAGAGUGCAAGAAUCCAGUGCGACAAAAUGACCUAGAAAUCAGUGGACUUAAAGCAGACAGUCCUUUUGGAGCUGCUGACACACUGGACCAAAGUCAAGACCCACAAACAGUAAAACAAAAAGAAGCAGUUGACUGUGAAUCUGUUAGAGGAGAUAGUUUGAUAGAAUGUGAACCAAUGGAACAACUUGAAACUGUGCCGUUGGAAGAGGAUCUGAUGGACAAAACUUUUGCUUGCACCAGACCUGAUGAUUCAUGCGAUAAUAGAGACACAAUGUUAGAUGAAGUUGGGUCACAACAACAGGCUUGUCAGGCUACUGAGCUAACUUCCUCCAUUAAUCAAAAUUUAAAAAAUGACACAGAAUCUAGUGAUGAAGAUGGUAAAAAUGUAGUUAAAUCAAAUAGCAAUAUGUCUUUUGCCAAAGAGGAAAACACGGCAGCACAUUCAUAUAUCUCUGUUGAAACACAGUCCCUGGAAAUACAGCAUGCAGCUCUGGGAUUUGAAAGGACUCCUGAAGAAGACCCCAUCCCAUCAGAGGCACCUUCAGAAAGCCAAACUGCUCCAGAAAGUGACAGUCUUGUGACUCCUCAGGGUGAUUCAUCUCAUGCCGCCACAAAGUCAGUGGCAAAAGAAAGUACCUCACAACCUUCACAAUAUCCUAGUGAUGGCUCUGAACUCAACUCACAUCCAUGCAGAAGUGUUGCAGGAUCAACUCACAGUUUGACUCUGCCCUCAUCAGAAAAUACGCCAUCUUGUGUGACCUUUGAAACCUUGGCACACAGCAAAUUGGUGUCCAAGAGUUCACCAUUGGUUGUAAAUGGACCACCGUGCAUAGACGUGGAUCCUGUUGAAGAGGUUCAUUUUCCUGACACUGUCAUCCUUUCAGAAACAGCAGCAGCCUCUGGGCAGCAAACUCUGUCUGAAGCCCUUUCAAGCCCACAAGUUUCGUUCCAGAAUGCAGAAGGUUCCACCCCUAAUGGGAUACUGGAGUCUGAGUUCCUGGAUGGUGUGCCCAGAGGUUCAGAGUUGUCUCAUGAUCAGCACUCAGAUAAUCCAAGCCAAGAGGCCAUCUCUGAGGGAGAAACACAGUCCCGAUCAGAUGAUGAACGGGAAAACAGAGAGAACAAACCUUUGACAGAUGAGCCAUCUGUCCAAGAGAUGUGUACCGUUAAGAGGGAAUCCAACUUGAAAAGGGGUGUCUCUGAGACUCAGAAGGGAGUAUUUAGUGCCAAGGAUGCAGGAUUCAAGAAAGAGAGACUAGCCCAGGAGGCUCCUACUAGGGUAUUACGUGGCAAUGUCCGAACAGACUCGUCCACAGAGUUUAACACGUCGUUGUUCCCUCGCCACUUGGAGAUUGGGGAUCUGGUGUGGGGACCCAUCAGGGGUUACCCAUCUUGGCCAGGGAAGCUGGUCAGUGAAGCAGAGGUCAGAGGUCGCUCCAGGAGGGAAGAGGGAAAGAUGUGGGUCCGAUGGUUUGGAGAUCACAGCUGCUCACAAGUCGAGCCUGAGAAACUGAAGACUCUAUCCGAGGGACUGGAGGCACAUCACAGUGCUAGGCAGAGCUACAGAAGCAGAGGGCGGAGGAUGAACAGCACACUAGAGGCAGCCAUCCAAGAAGCCAUGAAUGAACUGGACAAGAAAAUGGAACAAGCCAAAGAAACCAAAUCCAAGUCAGUGCCUAAGUCAUCACGACCCAAAACUAGAUGCAAGAGACUAAGGUGAUCCGGUCUGUGUAGAGUAUUUAUCUUUGCUUAGAUAUAUCUUCAAUAAGUUAAACUCAAUAUUGUUGUUAAACAGUAUAUAUUUAUAAAGAUUUCAAGUAUGACUACAAAUUGUGGUGUGGGAUGUUUUUGCCUCCAUGGUGUUUUGCCACGUGGAGUGAGUCAGAACUAGAAACAUGUUGAAUGCUUCCUCUGACACGCUGCUUUUUAAGGCCUGAAUGUGUAUCGUUCCCAUGUAAAAUGCAUUCUCCUUUAGUCAGCAGCUCGUGCAGAAGCCAUUGUAAUGUUUUUGUGAGAGAAGCUCCUCAUGUAAGUUGGAAAGACUUAGCAGGUAGGGACCAUGCCAUGUUCCUAGAAGGAGCACUGCAAAACAAGGCGGGGAAUGUUACCAUUUGAACAUCUCCCAAAUCAAAGCUUGCACAAGAAAUGUUUUGUUUUGUUUGCUGUGUUUAUUUUUGGGCCAAACUCCUCAAACCCUCGUGGCUUUAACUUGUCUAAAAGUAUUUGACACUUAAUGGGGAUUCUGUUUUGAAGCUCAGGCUGCAGUUUUCUUUGCUAGCUUGCGUCUGCUUUUUGUUUUUCAAGCAAGUGACAGGUUGUUAAAAGUGACACUUGGAAUGGAUGGUUUGUGCGGUGUUGUGAAUUCCGUGUUCACUGACGUUGAAAUCAGAAAAAUGCUCUGAAGGGAGGGGUACAGAAUACUUAUUUUGAAGAGCAGUGUGUUUCAGUGGGAUUUUAAAUAAUGAAUUGCUGUGUGUUGAUUUUUUUUAAAAAGUAUGUCGAUGUACCCUUCUCAGGCUGUCCUAUCAACAGAUCAACCCUAACCCUUUUUGGCCGUUUUGCUAGGCACCACUCUCAAUCUUUCAAACUCCUCCAAGUAUCCAUUCAGGAAAAUUCCGUUCAGCCUCAGUCCUCCAAUAUUUUCUUGAAUACACGCAAUGGAGGGGUGACCACUGCCUCAGGCCUUCAGAAUCCUUUGGCAAUUCCCGUCAUCGUGUUGAGGCGGUGUGAAUGGCACCCUAGAGCAGAAUGGAUGAUUUCAUGUAUUAUUUUGACAUGACUAUUUAAGCGAGACUGAGCAUAAAUCACACAAGGUCUAACCCACAGCCUCACUUCUGAAGAGUAGCAACUCAGUAGCAGUGUUCAUUCACCAGCCCGUGAAUGUGCAUUAAAAAUGUUUAUGGUUGUAAUGAUGUUUUGAAAGUUUGACUUGACCUGGAAAUGCUGAAUUUUUUUUCACACCUAUCUGUUUGUCUUUUUCUGUCCUUUGUUUGUAUAAUUGAUAUUUCAUAUUUUUGUGUAAGUAAUCAUGCAUCAUAAAAUAUUUUGAUGUACAAUUUUAAUGUCAAAUGAUAUUUGGUUCAUUUUUCUUUCGAUUUUUUUAUUCAUUCACUAGAAAUAGUUUCUAAAGUAGUGGUUUUGUCCUCUAUGAAGUAACAGUUUUUUUCUUUUUUUUUUUACUUUCAGUUUCUUGGUGCAAUAAGAGAAUAUCAGACAUGGUAUCUUAAGCAUCAUUGCCAAAAAAAGGUGCGAAAAAACUGCUUAGAACUAGUUGAGCAGUGUGUUCAGUAAUAAGUACACGCAUUACAUGCUGCACUGUCCGGGGUACAUGCAGUGACAUUCCAUCCCUGCUGGUUGGAAAAACAAAAGUUCUCUCUGAAACAGGUUCACGCUCAACCAAAUCUGUUGACUUGGAAUAGACCUAAAUGAGCAGCAUGUGUAUUUCACACCAAAAAAUCUUAUAU